AUGCCACCAAUCGACGUGUUGACAACCACGCGCCAGGAGAACCCAGCGCCGCCGGCCAUGGCGGAGGAGGAGGGGACACAGCAGCUUCCGUUCGUGCGGGAGACGGUCCUCAAGAAGAGGAAGGACAACGAGGAGUGGGCCACCAAGAACCGGGAGCGCAAGGCGGCCAAGAUGCAGCACCGCCGCCACGACGCCAAGUGCGCCAUCAAGCACCCCGAGGUCUUCGUCAAGGAGUUCCGCAACAAGGAGCUCGACUUCCUGCGGAUGCGGACGCGCCUCAAGGUCCGGAAUCUGCGCCCCGCCGAGGCCAUCGACGCCAAGCUUCUCUUCGCCAUCCACAUCCCAGGGGCAGUGCCUACCUAA